CACAAAAGUAAAUAUCCAAAAUGGCGACCGUGGUUCGCAUUUUGGAGCGAAACUCCACAAUUAUGGAGGAAGUAUUCGAAAGACACAAACUUGCAGAAGAAGACAGACAUAGAGAGUUUGAUGCUUCAGUAAAAAUACAAGCCUGGUUCAGAGCAGCUAGAGUGCGUGCAUACAUUAAAUAUCUGCACAGAUGCGCAAAUAUAGUGCAGAAAGUAUGGAGGGGUUACUUAGGAAGAGGAAUAUUCCGAGAACUAGUGAAGCAGCAAGUUAUGAUCAUGAGAAUGAACUAUUAUAAUGCCAUGGCAACUAAGAUUCAAAAGAUUUGGAGAGGGUAUUAUACUAGGAAGUAUGUGCACAACUACUACAGUAGAAAACAAUACUUGGAAGGAUUGAUGGUUAAGAAUGAGAUAAUUAGGAAUGAAUUAGCAGAGUAUACUGAACAGAAAGCAGCCGACAGACAACAUGCAGAAGCAAUUGCAGCUCAGAAAAAACUAUUAGAAGAAGCGUCAAAAAGACAUUAUCUUAUUAGUACAGAAGUGGUACCAAGCAUUUACAAUUCUCCUUUCAAACCCCAUCCUGAUGAAAUGGAGUUUAUCCUGAGGAGUGUACAGCCAAGGCCACCAACAGGACCAAAACCUAAACGGGAUAAUAGAUCAGGAAUAAUUGUACCACAGAGCCCACCAUUACCACUCUCUGAACCAUUGCCACCCAUUGCUCAAAAACUACAGGGACCUUUCCGGCCACCUAAUGAGGUUCUGAAGCAGAGAUUCAAAGCAUUGCAGCCAACCCUACGUGUACAGACCUCAUUCACAUCUGUGGAUGAAGCAAGAGAAGCUAUGAAAGCAAAGGAAUGGGUGAUGAGAGUCAAUGACAAUAUUUUUGAACCAUUCACAAGAAGAACUGUACCCUAUGAAUCCUACUUGCAUACCACAUCUAAAUAUGGACACCUUCCAUAUGGUACCAGAUAUUUUCGAGAAGAAAACUUGGCUCAACACAUUACCAGUUCGAAUUUCAAGACCGUCGUUUCACCUAUUCCUGUGUUUGAAAAACUGAACGAUACAUAUGCCAAGGGGACCGAUACGGUGCCAGGCAAUCCAGUUUGAACAUCCAUAUCUGACCAUUGACUGCAUGUUAGCUUGUUUUCAAAAGUUUUAAAGGUUUAUACACCAGCGGCAAGUUUUUGUGAACUGUAA